AGUGCAUGUGUGUGUGCAUGUGUGAGAGUGUGUGUGUGUGAGAGCGUGUGUGUGUGUGUGUGAGAAGAUUUAAAGAGAGAGAGAGAGAGAGGGGAAGAGCAGCUUCUUGAUUUAUUUAGAGUUUGUUUUCUGACGGAGAGACAGUUCAGGGAAGUGAGGACGUGAUGAUGAUGAUGAUGAUGAUGAAGAUGAUGAUGGGCUUCCCUCAGCCUCUGCGGGCUCAGGUGAGCCCCGGGCUCCACACUGAGUGCUAACCAUGCUGCGACAGUCGGAGCCGACUUCCAGCACCCUGCAGCUGGUUGCCAAUGAUAUGACCGGCAUCAUGGAGACGCUGGACACCCGCGAGCUCGACCUGGGAGAUGGAGAGUACGACACAACCGACACCAGCACCCCAGAGGCGCGUUUGCCCUUCACGGCGAUCUACCACACUGUGGGUUUCAAGGAGCCCGAGGCCAAAGUCUUCCUGUCCUCUCCGAUCACGGCCAAGAUCCUGGAGGUGGAGCGGUUCACCUCGGCUCAGGACCGUUUCAAUGUCACCACGCAGAGGAGUGUGAACAAGGCGAUGCCGGCGGUGUUUAAGAUAGAGCUGAAACAUGGGGAGUUCACGUGGGUGGUGAAGAGGAAGGAGAAACACUUCAUGGAUCUCCACAGAGAGCUCAGGACGUACAAGACCUUCAUGAGGCUGCCGCUGCCAACACGCAGUCACACGAUAAAGAGGCACACGGCGGCGAGGAGCGAGGAGAGACAGAUGCCGAACCUUCCCAGAGGAGGUGGAGACGAGCUGGGCAGAGAAGAGCAAGUGUCCAGCCGGAGGAAACAACUGGAAGAUUACUUGAACAAUCUGCUAAAGAUGCCGAUGUACAGGAACUACCAUGCUACGAUGGAGUUCAUUGAUGCUAGCCAGCUGUCCUUCAUCCACGACCUGGGACCAAAAGGCUUAGAAGGAAUGGUGCUGAAGCGAUCUGGUGGUCAUCGGAUCCCCGGGUUGAACUGCUGUGGUCACAGCAAAAUGUGCUACCGCUGGUCCAAACGCUGGCUGGUGGUGAAGGACUCCUUCCUGCUCUACAUGAAGCCGGACUCGGGGGCCAUCUCCUUCGUGAUGCUGGUCGACAAAGAGUUCAGCAUCCUGAUGGAUUCUAAAGACACGGAGACGAGACACGGCGUCCGCAUCGACAGUCUCUCCAGGUCCCUGGUGCUGAAGUGCAGCAGCUACAGACACGCCCGCUGGUGGGGUCAGGCCAUCGAAGGCUUCGUCCAGAAGCACGGCUCCGCCUUCCUCACCGACCACCGCUUCGGAUCCUUCGCCAGACAGGAGGAGAACAUCCCCGCCAAAUGGUAUGUAAACGGGAGAACAUACAUGGAGGACGUGGCUGAUGCUCUUGAAGAGGCCAAAGAGGAAAUUUUCAUCACAGACUGGUGGUUGAGUCCUGAGAUCUUCCUGAAGAGGCCGGUGGUCGAAGGAAACCGCUGGCGUCUCGACUGCAUCCUGAAACGCAAAGCGCAACAAGGAGUUCGAGUCUUUGUGAUGCUGUACAAGGAGGUGGAGUUAGCUCUGGGCAUCAACUCAGGAUACAGCAAGAGGACGCUGCUGCACCUGCACCCCAACAUAAAGGUGAUGCGUCACCCGGACCACGUCUCCUCCGCCGUCUACCUGUGGGCGCAUCACGAAAAGAUCAUCGUCAUCGACCAAUCGGUGGCCUUCGUGGGCGGGAUCGACCUGGCGUACGGACGCUGGGACGACAAGGAACACCGGCUGACGGACGUUGGGAGUGUGACGCUUUCUAACUUGGAGCAGGCCAGCGCUGCGCCUCCCAGUAAAGCCGCCGCCGCUUCCAACGGCAGCGGCGCCGUUUCCCAGACCAAUGGGAAGAACAUCUUUACGGUGACGGACUCGGUGGACCAGCCCAAGCUGAAAGGUCAGGGGAGGCCGAAGAGGACGAGGUUCAGCAUCAGGAGACACCUGCAGAAACACGGCCUGGCUCAGGCCGACAGCGACAGCGACCUGGAGGCCGAAGAGAGAAGCGGCUCAGUGCGUAGUCUGCACACGGGGGUCGGCGAGCUGUUUGGAAACACGCGGUUCUGGCACGGGAAAGACUACUGCAACUUCGUGCACAAGGACUGGAUCCAACUGGACAAACCUUUCGACGAUUUCAUAGACAGACACACAACUCCCAGAAUGCCUUGGCAUGACAUCUCCUCAGUGGUUCACGGGAAAGCAGCUCGGGACGUGGCCAGACACUUCAUCCAGCGCUGGAACUUCACAAAGCAAGUGAAGCCAAAGUACCGCUCCCUGUCGUACCCGUACCUGCUGCCCAAGUCCCACACCACGGCCGGAGAGCAGCGGUACCAGGUCCCCAACUGCAUCCCCACCAAAGUACAGAUCCUUCGCUCGGCCUCCGACUGGUCGGCCGGCAUCAAAUACCACGAGGAGUCCAUCCACAACGCCUACAUCCACGCCAUCAAGAACAGCCAACACUUCGUCUACAUAGAGAAUCAGUUCUUCAUCAGCUGUGCAGAUAACAGACAUGUUUUCAACAAGAUAGGAGACACGAUUGCUGAGCGCAUCAUCAGAGCGUACAGGGAGGGUAAAAAGUACAGAGUGUACGUGGUGACGCCUCUGCUGCCAGGCUUCGAGGGAGACAUCAACACCGGAGGAGGCAGCGCCAUCCAGGCUGUCAUGCACUUCAACUACAGGACCAUGAACAGAGGAGAGCACUCCAUCAUCUCGCAGCUCAGGAGAGAGAUGGGAGAACAUUGGAUAAACUACAUCUCCAUCGCUGGUCUGAGGACUCACGCCGAGCUGGGCGGGAAGCUGGUCACCGAGCUCAUCUACGUCCACAGCAAGAUGCUCAUCGCCGACGACAACACCGUCAUCAUCGGUUCUGCCAACAUCAACGACAGGAGCAUGCUGGGAAAGAGGGACAGCGAGGUGGCGGUGAUCGUGGAGGACUCGGAGACGGUGACGGCGGUGAUGGACGGCGAGAAGUACCAGGCCGGAAAAUACGCUCUGCAGCUUCGACUCGAGUGCUUCAAGAUGAUCCUCGGCGCCAACACGGAUCCCUCCAUCGACCUGUCAGAUCCCGUCAGUGACCAGUUCUACAAGGAGGUGUGGAUGGCCACCUGCGCUCGCAACGCCACCAUCUACCAGAAGGUUUUCCGCUGUCUGCCGUCCAGCGACGUGCGUAACAUCCUGGAGCUGGAUGGCUACCUGGCCAAGACGGGCCUGGAGAAGGAGGACCCGGCCCGCGCUCACGAGGAGCUGAAGAAGAUACGCGGCUUCCUGGUCCAGUUUCCUCUUCAGUUCCUGUGCGAGCAGAACCUGCUUCCUCCCAUCGGCUCCAAGGAGGCCAUGGUGCCCAUGGAGGUCUGGACCUGAGCCGGAGGGACAGAGACUCACCUGUGUGUUCAUGUGUGCAUCAUGUGGAAGGCUUCCAGGUGGAUUACGCCCAACCUGCUGCCAUUUUGGAGGUUUUAGUUGCUGCAUUUAUGCUCUUAAAAAAUCAUUUUUAUUGAUACAUUAAACAAACAUCUCCACCACUCAUCAGCUGUCAAACAAUACUGUCAUUUCACCCUGAAUUUAGACUCCCAGGUGACAUUUCAGCCCAAAGUGUGAUCCAUCCAGCUGUUAAAUUCACACUGACCUCAGGUCCAGCUGUCAGCAGCUGUAUCUGUGGUGCUUAAAAGACGACAGUGUCGUCGCCAAGCUGAAAACUAUUUAUAUGUUCAGUGAACAGUAGAGUUUUUAAGUAGACGACAUGAGACACUUUACUCUGCCACAGUAAUUAGAAACAGUUAUAUUACAGACAUAACUGCAGUAGCUUCCUGUUUACAUCCUUGUUUGUAGAGAUUUAGAUUAUUUCAACAUUAACAGUCACCUCCAAAAUGGCGUCAGCUGUGGCGGAGGCAGGUUUGUGACGAAGCCUCUGCACCGUUACACCCGCUUAGAUUACACAAUAUCAUACGAGACUGUAACCUGUUAAAAACUCACAUGUACACGUAGCUCGUUGUUUUAAACAGAUGCAAAACACAAAGUCGACCAGCCGAUGGAGCGUUGACCUCUACAGUGCCUGAAAACCUGGGCCUCACGUUUACAAGAAGAAAAGAGAAAAAAAAGUAGAGAAAGUGAAGUGAUCAACCGUGAAGCCUGAAGCCUCCUGCUGCCCAAGCUAUUACUCUAUAAUCCCCUUUCACAAACGGCUCGCUCCUCCAUUCUCUGACAACACUAUGCAACGUCAAAGUGGGCCGGCGAACGCAGCUCUGACUCUUCUGUGUUGAGACGGGACGGUUUGAAAAGACACUAAAGGAGACUUUGAUGAAAACACUGGUGCAGAGAAGAGGAUGAAGAGCUGUCGGACGUCUUCAGCCAUUUUCUUAAAACAAAAAACAAAACAAAACAAUCUCUGAACCGUGCUUUUAAUGUUUAUGUCAAACAGAAAAUCACAAGUGCCAAAGGAGACGGACUGAUAUUGAUGAGACAGUACAUUUAUUCAUUUACAUUCCUCAUACUGUGGAUGCUAACUUCAGCCUUAAGUGACCUGUUUUAUACUCUGUCUUUCUAGUUCCUUUGGCUGUGCUUUAUUUUAUGGAUGUGCAAUUUUCUUCAUCAUUUCCUGAAAGUUUUCUGGAAAGAAGUACAGUGCAGUAAUUUGGUAGUAAUUAUAAGAAAAAUAUGUUUUUCCUCAGAGGAUUUAACAUAUUCAUCCAGUUGUCAUUCCUCAUCAUUAUUCUACUUGUAAUGGUUAGAUUUAAUUACACCAGUAGUUAUUCAUAAUUAAUUAUUCUUUCCAGAAAACUUCCAGGAAAUUUGAAACUUGAAUAAAAUUGUUAUUAUUCUUUUCUUUUUUUUACCGACACAACACACAGAUUCAACUUUAUAUCAGUUAUAUUUGCUAAUGUUGGUUUGUUAGAUAAAGUGUUAGCAGUUUCAAGUGCAAAAUUUCAUUUCACCAUUAGCACCCAGAUGUUUUUUGUACAUUCAAAAAUACAUGAAGUGUUUUUUUUUUUAGUCUUUAGGGUUCAGUACAACAAGCUGAGAACACCGGAUUAACAUAUUGUCACCUCGUAAAGUUGUUGUGGUGAACAUGAACAUGUGUUCCAGCUGCCUGCAAGUGGCCAGAAAAAUCAGUGAAUACAGGUUUAAGAUUGCAUGAAUAAUAAAAACUCAAGUUCAAGUUUGUAACAGCUAUGAAAAAGGUUAUAAAAAGACAUGCAACAUCUGUAUUUUUUUGGAAACCUUGUGGCUGUGUUUCCUUCUCAAAUUCCAAACUCAAACUGUCGUCUCUGGAUUUCCGAUUUUCUGACAUGUCUGGAACGUAGCAUCGAUAUCUCUCAGUGUCUUCCUCGUUGGUCUGUAUGUGAUCUGCAUGAUGCUGUUUUUUUUUUAUUACCAAAAAACAUCACAGACGUUUCCUGUAGCUGACAGCAUGACAGCAGCUCGUUGCCAUUUAACAUGACAGGUAGAAGCAUGAGCCCUGCAAGCUGAAUGGUUGCGUUUAAAGCCAUGGACUUUGUUGAUGCUAACAAAAAGUGUGCCUGUCUACAAGCUGCGUGUCAGAUAUACCUGGAACUUCUACAUUUAAUAUUUAUGGGAAAUGGGCCCUCGUACGUGCUCUUCUUUUUAAUCUUCCUCUCUACCUCCCUGUGUUUCUACCUCCUGCUCCAGUGGUUUUAAUCUUUGUCAUGAUUUCAGCUUUUCAAAAAUCAUGAAACGAAGUAAAGACGCCAAUGCGAUACCAGUCUGUUUUCACCUAAAUCCCAAACUGUAAAGGAAACAGAAAAUUGAACAGAAAUAAAGUCAUUAACUUGAAUGGUUUCAUACUUAACUAUUCAGAGCACAUGGAUUAAUUCUUCACUGUCCUCAAACCUGGGCUGUAGAGGUUGACGAAACACUGACCCGUCCCGUCUUUUUUUUUCUUUGGCUUUAACCACUGUGUCUCUCUGAAAAUGCACUAUUUGCACAGACUGUUGUUUUCUUGUGGCAACCGCUAAAUAAUGAUCUGCAGUACCACGUCAUGUGUUGCUUUUUGUGAAAUGAUGGAAUAAAUAAAUGAGGUGUUAAUAAGUCAUUAAAUGGAUCGGAUUUUA